AUGGCUACACGAUUAAGUAAAUGGAGUCGAUUAUUUCCACUGACAGUCGAGAGUAAACAAUUGAAUCAAUUGAUUACGGGCUGGAUUGAGAAACAAAAAAGUAACGGUCAAUUCCGAUUUAAGCUCAGGAAACAUUCGGAUCGAAAUGUAUACAUUCAAGAAACAAUCUUGUGUGUUGUCAACGCGAUUGCUGAACUCAACGAGUUUAAACGAGAUAAUACCUUUUGUGUGCUCCUGGAGACCAAGAAGAGCGUGUACGUGACACUAUAUGGUGAUAAUGAUUUCUAUUCUCAAGUGAAAACGCUGCAAGAUGCCAAACUACCACUUUGUCGCGAUAGUUUGAGGUCACUUGAAGCGUUUCUUCCUCCUACGAUAAAAGAGCAUGGUGGCGAAAAGGUUGCAUUGAAAACAGGAUUGGGAAGCUCUGCCGCUCUUGUGACUUCACUUGUUGCAGCACUUGUGGCAUUUUUUGUGCCAUCGAUAAGGUUUCAAGAGCGACAAAAGGAUCUAGAGCUCGUACAUAAUUUGGCCCAGUUGAGCCACUGCUACGUGCAGCGCAAGAUUGGAAGCGGCUUUGAUGUAUCGGCAGCGUGCUUUGGUUCUCAGAUAUAUACCCGAUUCCCGGUGUCAAUUUUAAAUGCGUUCACGUCUGAAGACGCGAUGAAACCAAAAGAGAUGAUACGUUGCAUUACGGAUCACGAGUUGUGGGACACUUCAAGUCGCGUGAAAUCUCUCCGAUUGCCUUCUGCCUUUCACUUGAUGAUGGGAGACGUGUCAACGGGCUCGGCCACUGUGUCAAUGGUUCGGCAAGUUUUGGAUUGGCAAACGAGUCAACCUGAUCACGCGCAGCGUAUAAUGGAUGCGAUUGAUCGCCACAAUAUGGAAAUUGAAAAAGGCUUUGCUGAAGUCGGGAAGCUAGAAGCUUGUCUCAGUACCCCGUUUGAUUAUGAAGCGAUAGCUGGUUUAAAUUGCAAUCAGUGGAGUACAAUGAAUGGCAAAAUUGGGGCUGCACUGUUAAGAAUUAGAGAGGCUUACGCUUGUAUCCGAGAACUUAUGCGUGAAAUGGGAACUCUUGCUGGAGUUCCGAUUGAGCCACCCGAGCAGACAGCGAUCCUGGAUGCAACGCUUGCGAUUCCUGGUGUCUUGCUUGCUGGUGUGCCUGGAGCGGGCGGAUACGACGCGAUUUGUGUGAUAGUAAUUCAUGCAAGUGUUCUACAGAUAGUUGAAGACUUGUGGGUCCAAUGGACUUCGACGCAUCCCAACCACGUCAUUUGUCCGCUGCUGUGCGAUAUCGACCAUGGACUAGCAAUCUCAUCACCUGUAAAAUCAGGACUCCAAGUUCACUCGUGCUUAGAGAGAAAAUCGUCGCUACAAAUCCGCGAGGAGAUGAUGUCUAAACAAUGUCUAAGUCGCCUUCAAAUGGCUGUAACAAGUAACCAGUCGAAUGAGCAGAAUGUGUCGAAACGGAAAAUCCGUGAAGAGGAUGGCGUUGAGAGAGACAGGAUAGUGAAGGCGAGCUACGUGCCGUGCAAUAACGAAGAACUAGGUCGUAUGGAGCAGGAACAGCAUGAAGGUUUCUUGAUUGACGGGCUUCGCUUCGCGACAGAGUCUUGGACUGGAAUGAAAAGUAGCAACGAGGACCGACAUGCCUUCUCUGUUGACGUUUUCCCUGGUCCAGUGUUUGGCAUAUUUGAUGGACACGGUGGAACAUUCUCAGCGGAUUUUUUGUCGCGGCGCUUGAUUAAGACAACUGCUUCCGUGAUACGACAGGGUAUGGGGGAAAAUGCGUUCUUUGACCUACGUUGUUCUCAACUUCAGUCAAGCCGAGAGAAACUUCGCAAGGAUGCACUGAUUGAACAAGCAACGCUACUGCGCCAGCAACUCGCACAAGUGGAGACGAUGAGGUCAGACACCGCCGUUGAGAGCUCUGAUGACGAAUUACGCAUUUUGGUCGAGCAACUACACGGCACUCUCUUACAAAUGGAUAGCGAAAUGAAGCAAAUUGACGCUGAGGAAGCAGCACGCCGGGAAAAGAGACGGCAGUGGUACAACAGGCAGCACACUUGCUUUGUAAAAUCGUUCAAGGAUGCAUUUGAGCGAGUCGAUGCACUUAUUUUACAGAAGAAUCCGUCACAAGAUGGUUCAACGGCUCUCUUAGUUUGGUUCUUGGCUGAUUCUGUCGAUGCAGUCGACGAAAACAAGAAGAAGGAUAAACCGCAACCACAUGAGCUGAGCUUUUACACAGUGAAUGUCGGCGAUUGCCGUGCUGUCAUGUGUCGUGGUGGCCGAGGUGUGUUGCUCACAAGUGAUCACAAACCCGAUCGCGCGGACGAAAAACAGCGAAUUGAGAAUGCAGGCGGCUUUGUGGGCAAGAUUGGAGGUAUUUCUCGUGUGUACUCAUCGGCAGGUGCUGGGUUAUCCAUGCAACGUGAAGCUUCUACGUAUCUUGCGGUAUCACGUGCAUUUGGCGAUCGAUCUCUAAAGACCCCCACGUCACUUGUGUCGUGUGAGCCAGAAGUGACGCGAUACCACGUGCACACAGAGGAUCUGUUCCUUGUCUUAGCCUGCGAUGGCAUCUGGGACGUCUUGAGCGAGCAAGAUGUCGUUGAUAUUGCCCUGCCACACUUUCACGAUGCCAAGGCAGCCACAAACGCGAUCGUAAAGACUGCCUACAAGAAAGGGAGUGUGGACAAUCUCACAGCCACAGUUAUCCAGUUCGGAUGGAAAAGUGAUGGGCAGCUACAGCAAGCGAUUGAUAACAGUAAAGUGAUGAAAGCGAGCAGCUUGAAAGAAAAUACUACUGCAGAAGAGGAGAUUGACAUGUUCAAUCUGUGA